AUGGCCUUUCUGACACUGACGACCUCCCCACGCAAACAUGCCAAGGAUCUUCUGCAUCCCUCUCCAGAGAAGAGGAAGUGCAAGAAGGAACUCCUGGUGCAGAGCCCCAAGUCCUACCUCAUGGAUGUCAAGUGCCCACAAUGCUACAAAAUCAUCACUGCUUUUAGCCACGCAGAAACAGCUGUUUUGUGUAUUGUUUGCUCCACUGUCCUCUGCCAGCCCACGGGAGGCAAAGUGAGGCUUACAGAAGGAUGUUCCUUCAGAAGGAUUCAGCACUAA